AUGUUCAACGAGAAUUUCUCGUUCUCGACGGCCGAUCCCGCCGCCGUUGUCGAGUCUACCAGCACCGAUAUCUCCCCAUAUACAUCCCGAUGCUCGUCACCCAGGUUCGAUGCAGUAGGCCCUCGAUCACAGCCUCGUCGAGACUCCCGCUUCGAUGCGUGGAGGUCUUUACGCCACCCAUCCGUGACUGCUCUGACCACCCAACUCGAGCAUCACGCCAUCACAGACAGUGUUCAAAGAGACUCGCCAAGUCCCAUGAUGUCGCCUUCGGAGUCGGCCUACGACCAAGACGACAGCUUCUACGAUGGCCCCACCACGCCAGCUACGACCUCUUCCGAUGAGUCGGCCGACUUCGACCCAGCGUUGUGGGAUCUUAGUGUUUUCGACCACAGUGCUACUUCAUCGCCGCGACCCUCGCUUUCACUUGAAGCACAGGCGCACUCGACAUACACCAUGAGACGCAAGCAACGUCAAGCUCUCGUUCGAUUGCAAUGUCUAGCGAAGCGCACGCCGGACAUCGCCAUGCUCAUCGAGGAGUGUCAUCCCAGCUCCUUGCCUCUUUCCAACGAGGCCCCGUGGUGUGGGAAAACCAGCAGGUCCAACAGCACAGUUAGUCUCGGCGGCUACAAGAUCGAGAAGCAACGAUCCGACACCAUGAGCUCGCGUCGGGCGCCGAAGAUCAGGAAGCGGACCAGAUAA